GCAUCACAAUUGUCCUUCUUUAAUUACACAGAAAAUACAACAGAUACUGAAUUUCCUCAAAAUGAACCUAAAGUAGUAAACAUUCAAACUUAUGAAGAUGGAACAACUCUCGUUCAUAUAAUUCGAGACGGUAUACAGACAGCUAAUUGUUCAAGUAUAAACGGAACUAGUUUAGAACCGAUAUUACGUAUAAGAGUUAUUCAAUUAAACGGAACCGUUAUAGAAAUUAAUGACGAUUUAGAUUUAGAUUCGAUUAAUUACUGCCUUUUUAAUGAUAUAAAUGGAUUAUUAGUGAAUCCUAUCACAAUAUUUCCCUUACAACAACCAUUUAUUCUUGUAAAUUAUUAUAAAAUUAACAACUCUUCUGGUCUUAGAACUUAUGAGGAAUUGGGACAGGUCAUUGAUUGGAGCGGCAAUCGUAUAAGUAAUAUAUCUUAUGGCCAGUCUUAUGCUAAUCCUCAAGGUUAUUGGGUUCCAGAGAGUAAAAUUCAGUUAAAUAUAAACGACAAGCUCGGAUUUCUUAGAUACACUACUAUACACAAUGGGAUAUCGAAGUGGAUCGAAUAUCAGCAAUAUUUAGU